GCCGCUACUUGACAGCCAGUCCAGCAAACACACAGGGAACACUUUUGGAAUAGAAAUAAAAAUAACAUGACUUAACUGGCCAAGAAUUUAAGCUUUUAGGCGCGGCCAUCAACGUUCAAGUUCGGGGCUGUGUCCGCUAAUCUGCCCAAGGCUGGCCCGGUAUCCACACAAUCAACACAGAUAGCCGCGACACUGCAUCAUCCCCGAUCAGAAAUAGAAAUAGCCAGCCGCCGCACACACACACACAGUCAAUCGACCGAUCAGCAGCAAGCGAGAAACAUUUCCUGUCCGGGUGUGCGUGCGUGUGUGUGCUUUUUUACUCGUUUUUUUAUUUUCGUAACCGUGCAAAAGAUGCGCUAGAAGAAAAAGCAGCAGUGGAACUAGGGGAACGACGGAGGACAUCUGAACGAGCCAGUUAAAAUAUCGAACGAAAAAGGGCAUCCUCCCUUUCCCGCCCCGAGCGGAGCGGGGCCGGUAUUGAAGGGCGAAAAACGCAUCUCCCGGAAACGCCCCAGCCUGUGAUUGCCAGCCGCACCGCGCCCGAGCAACGAUGAAGAUCAACGAGAAAAACCUGUGCACGUUCGCGACGACGCCACCGGUCGACCUGGAGGGCUGGCUGAACAAGCGGGGCGAGAUGAACAAAAGCUGGCAGCGGCGGUGGUUCGUGCUGAAGGGCAACCUGCUGUUCUACUUCGAGAAGCGCACCGAUAAGGAACCGCUCGGCAUGAUCAUCCUUGAAGGCUGCACGGUGGAACUCGCCGAGGAAAGCGAACAGUACUGCUUUCAGAUCAUAUUCCACGGGCCGAACAAUCGCACGUACUACCUCAGCACGGAAUCGCAAUCCAACAUGGAGCAGUGGAUGAAGGCGCUGACCUGUGCCGGGUACGACUACAUGAAGCUUAUGGUGGCCGAGCUGCAGCGCCAGCUGGACGAGAUCGAGGGCCAGUGCCGGGAGAAGGCGCCCGAGAUGGCACCGAUCCUGGCGCCCCCGAGGGCACCGCCCCGGCGCCAGAAUCCGUUCAAUAAACCGCUCACCACGGAGUACGCCUCGAACGCAGACAUCGGCACCGGUGGUGGGGCAAGCGAGAAGGAACAACGCGGUACGAGCCCACCGACACCGCUAGCCCGUACCGGCAGGAAGGCACCAGCACCGCCCGCACCCAACACUGCAGCGCCCACUGUCCGCUCGCCGACGGUGCCGGACAUCGGCAAGCUGUCACCGUCCGCCGAUCCAACGGCUGACGGUCCGGUCCGUCGCAAGGCCACCGUAACGGCAACGAAAUCAAGCGACGCGAUCGCGUCGAUGGCGAACGGCGACCAGCAGCAGCGGCCCCUCGAGCGGGGCUCCGUUGCGUCAUUUUCGUUCGAAGCCAUGCACUCGGCGCUCGGCGUCCCGGUGCUGGCCGAUCUGUGCAAGUGGAACGCAAGCCGGCAGGAGCUGGAGCAGCAGCAGCAGCAGCAGCAGGAGGAGAAGGAGGACAACAAAAGGAAGCAGGAGGAGGACAACAGAAAGCAGGAGGAGUCAGCGACGGUGCCGAACGUGGACGACAAUCGGCAAUCGGCGGAAGCACCGGAAGUGAAAUAGAUAGUCUGCGCCCGGGAGCAGGGGGAGAGUGAUACGGGGCAAAACUCUGCCAAAACCCUCCCGCUCCCCCGCCCGGAGCUUAGGUUAACGAAACGUUAGGAAGCGUACACGCACGCCACGUGGUGUAAAUUAGUGCGUUUAGGGCGAGCGUGUUUUACGCACGCACGCAACAAUAUUCCGUUGGUUUAGUUUGAUUUCUAAGCAUAGGGUGCUAUACGUUCAUUUGCCUUCGGUUCGUUAUGUAGCCGACAGGCGCUAGGCAAAGACAGACACAUUAGAGAAGAUGCUUUCCCUUUUACCUGUACUGACACUACUGCACCUACACUUAUGCUAUUAAUGGUAGUUAAUUUUAGUUUGGCUUGGUCGAUGGUUUCACUGUUCUUUCUUUAAUUUAACUAUCAUCUUUUAACAUCCGUUUUCUGUUUUGUUUUUUUUUUUUGUUGAUGCAUUUUUUACCGCCUAAUCGCUUAACGCUUCUUUCCCCAUUCCUAUUGCCGUAACUCGUUAUGUUGUAUUUCACCCAUGUAGAAGAGUGUACGCUCGCUAAAUGAAUUAAUUAUUUAAUAUUUACUCACCAUCCCUCACUAAUGCUGCACCCAAAACUUACUAUAAUUUUCUUCUAUUUAUACACACACACACACUUACACACAAUCUCCCCCUCCACACAAACACAUCCAUGACCACGCCAUCAUCCAUUUUUCACACUUUCCUCUCUUUUCUUUCCACCCUACGACAUCAAUCAUUACAUUGCAAUGCGACACGGGAAAACCAAACCAGUGAAGCGUGCUCGAAAGCGUAAACCACUCGAAUCACACUUAUAGUAACAACACAAACCCACAAACAUUAUUAUAGUAAUCAUUCUGCGUCGCAAGAAGCAAAACAUAAUAGACAUAUACACAAAACAAGCCAAAUACUGUAUACGCCUGUGUACGCUACCCUCAACUCCAAACCCCAACCACUGUGCGUGGGAUGCAACCGUCGUGUGCACCGUGAGGAAGGAUUCACGAAACCGAAACCUUAGCAGGCGCCGGAACAUGCCACACCACACCACAACCGAACCAAUUCAUACGGACUUCCGGAACGGACGGGCCAGGGCGAAUGAACCGCGGUCGCUCCAUCUAGCAACGUGUCAAUUAAGGUCGUACAUAAUCCCUCCGCGCGCGCACCACAUGACGGGGUGAUAUGGGGCACGGGGGAGUAGCGCAGUAACCAACAAACAAACCAAUCGGAACAAACGGCAAAACGAAAAACGAAAAGUCCUUCCCAUCACUCCAGCCCCUGUGCCAAAUUAAGCAGUAUAUGAGAAUGAUAUAUAUAUAUAUAUAUUUAAUACGCGUGUGUUUUUUUAAAUUCUUAAUCAAUUCGGCAAAUUUAGUCGCGCGAAUUUUUUUUUAUUUUUUAGUCAUGCUGUGCGGAAAACAAAACACGUUUACAAAUUUGCGAAGCAAGUGUGCGGAGAAGGCAAGAGAGAAGUUGUUUAUGGUUAGUUGUUUCAUUUGUUAAGGCAAGCGCGACCUGCGCACAAACUAAUGGCAGGGAUGGAGCGUUUGCCUUGCAUUCUUAUUUAUGGUAAAUAAAUCGAACUUGUUACUAAUGAGCAAAUGCAUAACUAA